CGAAAACUUUCGAAUUGUUGAAGAGGAGGAUAUUCAUCUCGGACAUUCUUUUACUCGAACCGCGGUCGCUCGCUUAGCUAGUUCCCGCUGCAAGGCGGUCCGUGCGGACCACCGAACGUCGUGCCGGAGCCCCGAUGGCGCCGUCAGACUCCGACUACGACCCGUCGACACCACCUCCUGCGCCAGCCAAACGUACCAGGAAGCGAACAGUAAAGGCGCUUGACGCCCUGCAGCAGCUCCCAACAACGAGAGCAGUACCGGGUCGACCUAUACAGAUAGAGGGCAGAGCCACGGCAUUGCCGCUACCGCAGAACGAUGAACCAAAUAGCACGCAGCAACACCCAGCGCACUAUGAACUACCGCCAUUUCCUACCAGACACAUUGUAGAGCUCCAAGAAACCAUCGGCUCUCUUCGAGCGCAGCUCGACACCCUUUCGAUCGAACCGCCGUCAACGCAGACAUGGGCGUCGGUCGCAGCCAGCGGACAACCAGCGAGAGCAGGCACAAUACUUUUGCGAUUAAUAAGCACAGGCUUAAUAGACAAAGAGAAUGUAAGACA